AGCGUGAGAGAGCGCAGCAAAAUUAAACGAAAAGCAAAAAAGGCAGCGCUUCUUUGGCGGCUUGUUUUUUUGUGCUAUCCGCCUCGGCCCCAAAGAGCUUCCCUGAAACGUCGCUGAAUGUGACGGGCCUCACGAGUCGUUGGUGCCGAUCGCUUUGGUGCUGCUGGUUCGUCUACGUGGUGUCGGCGUCGGCUUUCGGUGUUGUGUGCGCGCGUGACAGCAUCCCUGACACCACCACCUACGGGAUAGACCUCGGUGGUCGGCGUCUCGCACACCAUGGAUUAGACGCGGCUUCGUGAGUUUUCCGGGCGCAGGACAGGACCUUCCAAAUGGAGUACGUCAACGGUGCUGUGGCGGCCGCCGAUGGUGGUGGUUUCAGCCAGAUCGGAAUGAAGGCGCGUUCGCCCGAGGGACACGCGGCUCGGGCCAUGCAAAUCAAAGGGGACGAGUUCGUGUGGGUGGAGAUCCAGGAGAAGACGUUCACCAACUGGGUGAACGAGCAGCUUCGGCCGGCGGGCGCCGGCGUCGUCACCGACCUCAGGCGCGACCUCAGCGAUGGGCUGCGGCUCAUCUCGCUCGUCGAGGCCCUGCAGAAGCGCCGCCUGCGACGCAUCGCGCGACCUCAGAAUCAGCACCAGUGUCUGGAGAACGUGCAGACGGCGCUCACCGCCAUGGCACAGGACAACAUCAAACUCGUCAACAUUGGCAACACGGACAUUGUCGAGGGCAACCUGAAGCUCAUCCUGGGCUUAGUGUGGUCCCUGAUCCUUCGCUACCAGAUCGGCCGCACAAACUUCCCGCCCAAGAAGCUCAUGCUCGCCUGGCUGCGCGCCGUUCUCCCAGACCUGCAGGUCUCCAACUUCACCACGGACUGGAACUCCGGCAUGGCGCUCAGUGCCCUGCUGGAGUACUGCAAACCUGGCCUGUUCCCGCACUGGAGGACGCUGGGUACAUCGGCCAGCCAGGAGAACUGCCGGGUGGCCAUGGAGAAGGCGCGCGAGGAGUUCGGCGUCCCGCUCAUCCUGACGCCCGAGGACCUGGCGAGCUCCAACCUGGACGAGCUGUCCGGCAUGACCUACCUCUCCUACUUCAUCAACGAGGACAGCCCCGGGUACAAGGCCACGCUGCGGUGGAUCCAGACGAGGCUGCCGCACCUCCGCAUCUCAAACUUCACCAGUGACUGGAAUGAUGGACUGGCCUUGUGCUCCUUAGUGCAUUCACUUGGUGCUUCCGUGGAGGACUUUGAGCACCUGAGCAGGGAUCGAUCACAGUGGGAGUCAAACUUGCAAAACUCGCAUGGUGGUAUCAAUGGCGGCAAGUACCUAGGCGUGGAUCCCCUACUGACAGCCAAGGAACUAGCAGACCCUGAAGUACAACCAUUAGGUGUCAUGGCAUACGUAGCUAGGUUCCAAGGCAUCUCACCAAAAAGGAGGCCCCGGGAUAAGCUCACCGUCACGGGCACCGACCUGAAUAAUGUUCACGUCAACAAACCGGCUCACUUCAAGGUGCACAUAAAGGAAGGCAAAGUGGACCUGAGGCAAGUUCGAGCGGAAGUUCGAGGUCCGUCACUCACUCCCGUCGAGUGCAAGCUUCAACUGAACCAGAACGGGGGUUCAGGCACAUUUGUUCCUGUUGAAAUAGGAAUGCAUGCAAUCAAUGGCCCCAGUGCUGUGCAGAUGGGUAAAGAAGUGGUUUUUGAGUGCGAUGCCAGUCGUGCUGGUUGGGGCAAGGUUCAGCUGGAGGUACAAAUCGAUGGCCACAAUGUUCCAGUCAGCAUAGAUGAGAGAGGCGAUGGCAUCUACGUAGUCUCAUUCUUACCUUCAAGAGAAGGCCACUACAAGAUUUUUGCCACAUUCAACAACGUUGAUGUACAUGGCUCUCCAUUCACAAUAGUCUCCACUGCUGACGAACCAGAAUCUCCAAGUUCGCUCAACGAUGCCUUCUUCACUCGCACGCUAACACCAAGCGGAGAUCGUGUGUCCAGCUCCGCGUCAUCUUUCUUCCCUUCCUCCCUGGCGUCGUCUCGGGUCACAUCCCCAACAAAGACGGAUCCCGACGGUCGCGUGUCGCGCAACGCUGUCGAGUUCCUUCAGUCCCGCAUCGAGACGACGACGACCACACGACAAGAGACAAGCGUCACCCACGCAACGAGAACAAACGUGGAAAGUGCGGGAAGCAGAACCGUUUCGACGCCACCUCGAGGUGCCACGCCUGAGCGGCCCUCGUCACGACACAUGAGCAAGGCGCCACCACCUCCUACACCGAGAAAGCCUGCGCCAGCUGUCCCCUCACCAUCUGUUCGAAACCAGAGCCGUGCACUGUCCGAGGAGCGGAAUGGGAACAGGGAAGAGCAGUUUUCAAGCUCAAGGAACUCCUCAACACUGGAGCGGCGUAAAAGUCCGGAGAUGAGGCAGAUGACUCCACCAGUAGUGGCCCAGCGCCAGAUAACAAAAGAAGAGCACCGCUUGGACAGCCGCCAAGAGACUCAUCACCAUGUCGAGCACCAGAGAAUUUGGACAAGUGAGACUAGCAGUGAAGCUAAGACAGUGCAAGGGACAAGGCAGGCAGGGCCUCCCCCUGUUGCUCCCAGAGGAGGAGGUGACAUUGCUCAAGUGAAAAUAUCGGGUGAGGCUCUCAAACUUGUGCCUGUCAGGCAACCUGCAACAUUCCGCAUCAGUGCUCCUGACUUUGACCGAGGCGACUUCCAGGUGACAAUCGCUGCGCCCACUGGACGAGAGUUCCCUGUGCACAUGGAUGUGCCACAUCCCGGAGAGAUAGACGUUGAGUUUAUCACAUCUGAAGUUGGCGAGCACGUCAUUGAAGUGAAGCUGCAGGGACGACCACUGCCAGGUAGCCCCUUCCGAAGUCAUGCCUUUGACGCCACCAAGAUAAAAGUGGGAGACGUUCCCAAUGGAGUGGUCGGUCAUCCCGUGGAGUUUGAGAUUGACGGUGCUGAAGCUGGCUCGGGCAACCUAGAGAUCAUGGUGAAUGGCGACCAUGUCACAAGCCACGUGAAACCGCUUGGUGGCCACCGCUUCCUUGCCUCAUUCGUUCCUCGCACAGCUACUGUGCACACAGUCGAGAUGAAAUUCAAUGGCGAGAAAGUUCCAGGAUCCCCAUGGAAGUGCGAGGUUCGAGACGUGCCUAAACGGGGCCCAGUGUCGGCAAGGGGCCAGACCUUGCAGACAUUCAGCUGUGGCAAGACUGCCAGCUUUGAAGUGCACGCCCCAGGCUGCAGCAAAGACGACAUAAAAGUCAACAUCAAAGGACCUGGGAAAUCGAGGAUACAACCUGUUGUUGUGGAGCGCCCAGACUGCCAUGUCGUGGAGUUCACAGCCUUGGAAGCUGGUACCUACCAAAUCGAAGUUACAGCUGGGGGUCAAAAGGUUCCGGGCAGUCCAUUUGUGUCAAAGGCCUAUGAUGCUUCAUGCAUCACCCUUAGUGAUGUCCCUCAGUCCUGUGUCGUAGGCCAAACAUCUCAGUUCCAAGUGGAUGCAUCGAGAGCUGGUGAGGGGCAGCUGGAAAUAUCGGUGAACAAUGGCGAAGUUCCCAACCAAGUGCAGGUGCUCAACAGUGGUCGGUGCCUGGUCAGCUUCAAACCUCUGCGACCUGUACCCCAUGUGGUCAGCAUCAUGUUUAAUGGGGAGAAUGUGCCAGGUUGCCCAGUGGUGCUUCAAGUGUCUGAUGUGAACCAAUGCUCAUUGGACCUGAGUUCUCUGGAGCUAGUGCCUGUUAAUCACCCUAGCAGGUUUCAUGUGUCAGGGGUGUCUGAUGAAGACCAGCUGCGGGUGACCAUUGUCUCUCCGCACGACAAAAAGAUUCCUGCCAAAGUAAGCCGCAGUUCAAGAGGAGGACUGAAUGUCGAGUUUGUCCCUGAUGAAGUUGGCCCAUACAUGGUACAGGUGGAGCAUGCUGGGAAGCUGCUUGCAGGCACCCCGGCGACUGUAAAAGCUUACAGCUCCCAUAAGGUGGAUGUGAGUGCUGUAUCGCAAGGCACUCUGGGAAAACCAGUCCAGUUUACAGUUGAUGUGGGGUGCGCUGGUGAAGGCAACCUUGCCAUCUCGGUGACCUCUCGCAACCGUGAUGUCCCCACUGUGGUUCACCCCAUGGGUGGGGCCAAGUUCGCCGUUUCCUUUGUGCCUAAUGAUGGGUCAGACCACAUCAUCAGCAUCAGCUUCAACAAGGAACCUGUGCCAGGUACUGACAGCUUCUCACGAGAAGUCCCUUCAAAGGUAAAAGUUCAUGAUGGUGGAAAGAUUACAGCCAUGGACGUCUCCACGUUGGCUGCUGCUUCGGUGAACAAAGUGGUUGGCUUUGUCGUCCAGAAUGCUGCAGGAAAAGAGCAGGAUCUGACUGUCAAAGUAGAAGGUCCCGACAGUUCUCCACUGCCUUGUUCACUCAAGGACGCUGGAGACAGAAAUCUCAAGGUUGAAUUCUCACCCACCAAGGCUGGGGAACACAAGAUUCACGUGUCCCACCAAGGAUCUCCGAUCGCAGGCAGCCCGUUUGUCUGCAAAGUGUUUGACGCUCAUCAAAUCAAAGUUCGUGAAGUGCCCAGAGGAUUUGUAGGGAAACCUGUCACCUUCCUUGUGGAAACGGCUCAUGCGGGUCCUGGAAAUCUUGAGGUCAUGGUGAACAACGGCCGAGUCCCCACAACUCCCCAGGCUCAGUCACCCACGCAGUAUGCCAUUACGUUCACACCGACCGAUGACCGGCCACAUGUAAUUGACGUCCGUUUCAAUGGAGACCAUGUACCAGGCAGCCCAUUCGAGUGCCAAGUGGUGGACUUGUCCAAAAUAAAGGUUGUGGGAGAAGGCAUCGAACGAGUUUCUAUCAACCGGCCUGCUGCAUUUGUUGUCGACACACAUGGACAAGACGUUGGGCAGUUGUCAGCUUCAGUGAUGGGUCCCAACCAAGUUUCACUGAAGACUCAUGUGACGGGAAAUCAUCACAGUGGUUAUCGUGUUGAGUACACCCCAACAGAAGUUGGGGACCACACUAUAGAGCUUGAGCUGGGUGGCCACUCCCUACCGGGAAGCCCUUUCAUGAGCAAGGUCUACGAUGCCUCCAAAGUGCGUGUGGCUGACAUCGGAACUGGAGUUGUUGGACGACCUGUCUACUUCACGAUUGAUGCCAGCCAAGCAGGAGCUGGAAAUUUGGAGAUUAUUGUCUCGGUCGGUGGCCGCAAUGUGCCUAACUACGUCCAAUCUGAAGGCAAUGCCAAGUUCCGUGUCAACUUUAAGCCAAGUGAACCACUUACGCACACCCUGAGUGUCAAGUUCAAUGGAGAACCUGUUCCAGGAAGUCCUUUCUUUGUCAAGGUUAGCGACAGCAACCAAUCAAUGGUGAGCGGAGCAUCGCUGAGGACAUCCUCGAUUGCUCGGCCAGCCAAGUUUACCAUCGACUCAAAGGGCUCUGAGAAUACAGAUUGCAAGGUUACAGUUGUGGGUCCAUCGAGCAAAAAGGUUCCCGUAACUGUGACGAGAACUUCAACGACAACUUUUGAAGCAGAAUUUCAUCCAACUGAAGUCGGCAACUUCCUGUUUCUUUCAGGUCCAAACCAGGUUAAUGUUGUAUUAGAUGGAACACCAGUUCCCGGAAGUCCAUUCACAUGCAAUGUUUAUGAUGUCAGCAAAGUUAGAGUGACGGGGCUCAACCCUGGAGUUGUCAACAAGCCUGUUACUUUUCAAGUGGAUGCAUUACAAGCAGGAAAUGGUACACUGGAGUUGGUCGUUCGGACACGCAAGUCCUCAGUCUGUGCCGAGUUUGCCAUGAAGAGUCAUGGAAUAUACGAAGUUACCUUCGUGCCCACAGAAAAAACACCUCACUAUGUCAACAUCACCUUCAAUGAAGAAGACAUCCCAGGCAAUCCAUUCAAGAUAGACAUCAGGGAUACUCAGGCGGCCGUCGAAGCCAAGGCAGCUCCUAGGAUGAGCACGUCCGCUGUGGUUGCACGUGGGGAUGGUCUCAAGCAAGGACUUGUUGGAUCUGCAAACUCUUUUGAGGUUGACACAAAUGGUGUUGGAGGAGAUAUCGAUAUCAAGGUCACCGGUCCAUCUGAGGCUCAUCAAGUGCGAACCAACGUGCUAAAGUUGGAAAACAACAUCUUCCGCGCAGAGUAUCACACACGUGAUGUAGGUCUCUACAGGAUAGAAGUGCUGCACAAUGGCAUUCCAAUCUCGGGAAAGCCAUUUGUUGUGGAAGUGGUUGAUCCGAGCCGUGUCAAGGUCGUUGACAUUGAAGACGGCAUUGUCGGCCGGUCGCAGACUUUCAGAGUUGACACCACGCGUGCUGGUCAUGGAGCACUCAACGUCGUGAUCAUGGCCGGAGGUAGGGAGGUUCGCAACACUAUUCGUGAGGCUGGUCCUGGAGUCUUCAAGGUCUCCUACACACCAAAGUCAGAUCUACCUCACAAGAUCGAUGUAUACUACAAUGGCCACCAAGCACCAGGCUGCCCCCAGAUUGUGGAGGUAAGAGACCCUGGCCACGCUAUCAUCGCUCAUGGAGCUGGCCUCAAGGCUUGUGAACUGGGAAAGACCUCUAGCUUCAUCAUCGAAACUGGAGGCUACGGAGAUGCGAAAGACUUCGAUAUUCUAGUAUCUGCUCCAAAUGGCUCACCCCUUCCAGUCAAGUGCUACCAACAAAAGGAUGGUAGCCUUUUGGUGGAAUGGAAUGCAAACACAGCUGGAAGCCACAAGGUCGAAGUGCUUUACGAAGGAAGGCCCAUCCCUGGCUCACCGUUCCUUUGCCAGAUCUUCGAUGCAAGUCGAGUAAUCCUCCAAAAAGUUCGCAGCACCACAUUUGCUGUGAAUGAAAAGAUCUCAUUUGCCUUGAAUCGUCGGGAUGCUGGUUAUUCUGAGCUUGACGUCACCGUAACCAGCCCCUUGGGCCGCCACCUACCCAUAGAGGUGAAGGGAACGGCUGACGGGGACGGUGAGCUGAUUGAGUUCACCCCGACUGUUCCUGGGAAGUACCGCAUCGCCAUUACCUAUGGUGGCAUUGAAGUACCAGGGAGCCCAAUAACAUUCAUUGCACAAGAUGGGGGAACACCGAAGGUGACUGGGAGCGGCUUGACGGUUGCCCAGAGUGGUGUCAUGGCCUCCUUCAAGAUUGAUGCCCGUGGCAUAUGGGGACGACCUGAUGUUAGGAUCGAUGGGCCUGACUCGGAGCCAGAGCUGACUAUUGAAGAAGAAGAAGAGGGCAUCUAUGUGGUGUCCUACCUGCCUAUUGAGAUCGGAGUGUUCGAUGUUCACAUUCGCUGGAACGGCAAGGAUAUACCUGGAAGCCCAUUCCAUCCGAAAGUAGCCGAUCCGCAAAAAGUGCGAGCCAUUGGUGGCUGGGACAGCCUCAUGGAUGAUGAAGGCCGCAUCCCGCUCACUGUAGGACAGGAGAAGAAGAUAUCCGUGGAUGUCGGCGAUGCUGGGCCAGGCAAGCUGAAGGUGGAAGUGCGUGGUCCUGAAGAUGUUGUGGAAACGCACUUGGAGCAAACCAGUAGCCACCGAUACCGAAUCACUUUCACACCUGAUGAAGAAGGGGACCACUUUAUUUAUGUGUACUACAACGACGUACCGCACCCUAACUCGCCAUUCUUGGCACAUGCCGAGCCACUGCCACCUGUCCUAGACCAUACCCGGGUGGUGCUGCGUGGGCAUGGUCUGACGGGUGCCAAGGUUGGCAUGGAGGCUGAAUUCGUCAUCGAUGGCUCUGAUGCUGGGCCAGGUUGUCCUGAGGUGAGCCUGAAUGGUGUUAAGACCGACAUUCCGGUGCAGUUGGUACCGCUUGGCAACAACACAUACAAGGCCCUCUAUACACCUUCAACCCCAGGUGCCUACCUCCUCAAUGUCAUGUGGUCAGAGCGCCAGGUGAAAGGCUGUCCGCUCAAGGUGAUGGUGGCAGCCAGCUGCGAUGCAAGUCGCGUGCUCUGCUCUGGUGAUGGCCUUCGGGGAGGAACAGUGGGCAAGGAAAUCAAGGCCUUCAUUGACACUCGCAAGGGAGGGCCAGGACAAGAGAAGGACAGCCACAUCCUCGUCGGCAAAGAAAAACGGACAGAGAGGGAAAAGAUUGAGCAGCCCCUGAGCCCAGUCGUACCUUGUUGA